GCACCCUAAAUAUUUUCAGAAAUCGACGUUUUCGCAAAUAAAUAAUUAAACAUUUUUAGUCUUUGGGCUUUCGGCCUUUUAUUAAAAUGGGAGAAAUAACCAGAACAAAGGAUUGUUUUCUUUGGUUUAUGUCAUUAAUUUAUUUAUUUGCAUUCUCAUCGCUCUACAUACAAAUUCCAGGAUUGUAUGGAGACAAUGGAUUGUUGCCAGCAAGAUUAGUGAUGAAAGAAGAUGAAAAAAGCAACUCAUGGCAGCAGUUAAUGGAAGGCAGCCCCACCCUGCUGAAGCUGAUGCCCAACAUAGGGCUGGACACGCAGACGGGCAUGGACCUGCUGUGUCUGGCAGGGAUGCUGGUCUCCUUCUUCUGUGUCGUCUCACAGACAGCCAGGGAUUUCAUCUCCUUCACCUUGCUCUGGAUGUUCUACCUCUCACUCUACCAGGUUGGGCAAACAUUUUUAUGGUUCCAAUGGGAUAUUCUGCUGCUGGAGGCAGGUUUUCUGACGCUGCUGGUAGCGCCCUUCAACCUCCAGCUACUGGGGCGACGCUGGCCAGUUGGGUACCCACAUGAUGGUAUCACACUGUGGCUUGUGCGCUGGCUACUCUUUAGGCUGAUGUUUGCCUCAGGUGUUGUCAAGCUGACCAGUCAAUGUCCUACCUGGUGGGGACUUACCGCUCUGACUGUCCACUUUGAGUCUCAGUGUAUCCCAACCCCUGCCGCCUGGUACUGGCACCAGUUACCUGAGUGGUUCCUCAAGCUGAGCUGUGUGGCCACGUACAUCAUAGAGAUACCCAUCCCAUUCCUGUUUUUCUCACCUGUCAAGUCUCUCCGUCUCUUUGCUUUCUGGUCUCAGGUGCUGCUACAGAUCUCCAUCAUCCUGACUGGCAACUACAACUUCUUCAACUUGCUCACCAUCACCCUGUGUCUGGCCCUUCUGGACGACUCGUGCUCAUUCUUCUCUCACACACACAAAGGUAGUAGCAAGAAGAAGAAGAAAUCUCUAGCCUGGGCAGGGGUCAGUGGCCUGGCCACUCUAAUCUUCCCCCUGGUGGUGCUGGGCUACAUGGGUUACAAGAGCAAGGAGUACUUCAGUCUCAAGUUUAAUCCUGACUGGACCGUCCACUCUAAGAUAGCUUUCUCUGAGUCGUCUUUCAUGGAGUGGCUGGAGAAGGUCAUGCCCUACACAAUCUACCUGGGUGCUGGCUCUCUAGGCAUUGAGGUGCUGCUCUCUUUGAUCAGGAGUGUGAUGACUGAGAGAGGUAUCAUCCGCAAGAGUUUGAGCACAGCUGGGACUGUGUUUUUUGCUCUGAUGGCCACCUUCAUGUUCAUCAUUAGCUUGGUACCCCACACCACAGUCCACAAACCCACCCAGACAGCCCUGCCUAAAGAUUUCUUAAAGUACCAUGGACUGGCUAAGCCCUUUCACAUCACUAGUUCUUAUGGGCUUUUCAGAAGAAUGACAGGUGUAGGAGGUCGACCUGAGAUUGUUGUAGAAGGUCAUGCUAGUGAAAGGUCAGCAGUAGACGGAUGGAAGCCUUACGACUUUUUCUACAAACCUGGCAACGUAUCAUGGGCCCCACCCAUAGUUGCCCCUCACCAGCCCCGCCUGGACUGGCAAAUGUGGUUUGCAGCUCUGGGCAACUACCAGAACAACCCCUGGUUCCUGAACUUGGUCUACAGACUCUUGCAGAACCAGCCGGAUGUCCUGGACCUGAUCAGCAGCAACCCUUUCCCUGAUAGACCACCCAAGUACAUCAGGGCCACCCUCUAUCAUUACCACUAUACCAGUCUUAAGGACUGUAGUGGAGUGGAGAAAUGCUCCUGGUGGAAGAGAGAGAUCAAGGCUGAGUACUUGCCAGCUCUUUCUAUAACCGACCAAUCAUUUGUUGACUAUUUAAAACAUGCCCAGCUACUGCAGGAAAAGAAGCCCAAGAAGUUAAAGCUGGACAACAUUGUAGCCAGAAUUGUUAAGUGGUUUAGAGAAAAGAUUGGCCAGCCUGAAGGCUUCAGUUUUAUUGUCUCAAUCUUAGCCUCAGCCAUCCUCGUCAUUAUGUUAAACAGGGCACUUUUUAGAUAGGUUGUUUUUGUUUCGGUCAUGAUUAAAUAUUAUACCUUGUACCAGUAUGGUUCUUAUAAGAUUUUAGCUCAUACAUUUGUAUGUUAGUUUUCCCAAUUCCUUGUUCUACAUGUUGACACAGUCUCACCCUGCACACAUUUUAUUUCAAAGCUUGAUCUAAACUAGUUUCUGCUUGUUACAUUUUCCUAGAGCAUGUACCAUACCCAACAGAUGAUCUCACUGUUGUUCAAAUCCUAAUUUAGCCACAAGAUCUGCUGCAAGAACCUGAUUGUCUCAGAUUUUUAAAAAAAUUAUCUGCCUAAAAGGUGAGCAGUUGCUAGAAAAGACAUGUGACCUGCCGCACCAAUCAGAUGAUCACAAGUGCCUUACAGUGUUUGUCCAAUUGUGGUCUACUGACUGGAUGUGUUCAUGGCUGCCCAUCUUUCAUCAUGUUGCCCUAAGCUGUUGCCAUUUUGUACAGAUUUAUGUACAUAUCUAACAAUAUCCCUUCAUUUUUUGUGUCUUUCUAGACCGAUAUAUGUCACAUAAUUCUUUUUUUUUUUUGGCAUGCUUUAAUUGUUCUUGUUUAGAAAAAAAUAAAUUUCUAUCACAAAACUUGA